AUGCUCAAGUCCAAGACAUUCUUAAAAAAGACUCGAGCUGGCGGGGUGAUGAAGAUUGUACGCGAGCACUAUUUGCGAGAUGACAUCGGCUGCGGGGCGACGGGAUGCACUGCGUGUGGAGGGGCGCACGAGGGUCCGACCCUCGAGCCACAGCCCCAGGACCCGACGAGCAGCCUCUGCCCCCGGCCGCACUACCUGCUACCUGAUACCAAUGUGCUCCUGCACCAGAUUGACGUCCUGGAAGACCCUGCCAUCAGGAAUGUCAUUGUGUUACAAACAGUUCUCCAAGAAGUGAGAAAUAGAAGUGCUCCGGUUUAUAAGCGAAUCCGAGAUGUGACAAAUAAUCAUGAGAAGCAUUUCUAUACAUUCACUAAUGAGCACCACAGAGAAACGUAUGUAGAACAAGAACAGGGAGAAAAUGCUAAUGACAGAAAUGAUCGAGCUAUCCGAGUAGCAGUAAAAUGGUACAAUGAACAUUUGAAGAAAAUAUCAGAAGAGAAUCAACUGCAAGUUAUCUUCAUAACCAAUGACAGAAAGAACAAAGAGAAGGCAGUAGAAGAAGGGAUACCAGCUUUCACUUGUGAAGAAUAUGUAAAAAGUCUCACUGCUAAUCCUGAACUUACAGACCGUCUUGCCUGUUUGUCUGAAGAAGGGAAUGAAAUAGAAAGUAGAAAAAUAAUAUUUUCAGAACAUCUCCCCUUAAGUAAGCUACAACAUGGCAUAAAAUCUGGCACAUACCUUCAAGGUACAUUUAGAGCCAGUAGGGAAAAUUAUUUAGAAGCCACAGUGUGGGUGCAUGGCGAUACCGAAGAUAAUAAAGAGAUAAUCAUACAAGGACUUAAAAAUUUAAACCGAGCUAUUCAUGAAGAUAUUGUGGCUGUGGAGCUGCUCCCCAAGAAUCAGUGGGUAGCACCAUCGUCAGUGGUUUUACACGAUGAAGGUCAAAAUGACGAUGACUUGGAGAAAGAAGAGGAGCGAGAGAGCAUUCUCAAGACUAUUGUAAGUGAGAACAUGAUGAAGCCUACUGGAAGAGUGGUAGGAAUAAUAAAAAGGAACUGGAGGCCAUACUGUGGCAUGCUUUCCAAGUCUGAUAUUAAAGAGUCAAGAAGACAUCUCUUUACACCUGCUGAUAAGAGAAUCCCCCGAAUUCGAAUAGAAACAAGACAGGCUUCUGCAUUAGAAGGACGGAGAAUUAUUGUUGCUAUUGAUGGUUGGCCCAGAAACUCCAGAUACCCAAAUGGCCACUUUGUAAAAAAUUUAGGUGAUGUUGGAGAUAAGGAAACAGAAACAGAAGUCUUGUUACUUGAGCAUGAUGUUCCCCAUCAGCCCUUUUCUCAGGCCGUUCUUAGCUUUCUGCCGAAAAUGCCGUGGAGUAUUACUGAGGAGGAUAUGAAAAACCGAGAAGACCUGAGGCAUCUGUGUGUUUGCAGUGUGGACCCACCAGGAUGUACUGAUAUCGAUGAUGCUCUACAUUGUAGAGAACUUGAAAAUGGAAAUUUAGAGGUUGGUGUUCAUAUUGCUGAUGUUAGUCAUUUUAUUAGGCCCGGAAAUGCUUUGGAUCAAGAAUCAGCAAGAAGAGGAACAACUGUGUACCUUUGUGAAAAGAGAAUUGACAUGGUUCCAGAGUUGCUUAGCUCUAACUUGUGUUCCUUAAGAUGUGAUGUGGACAGGCUGGCAUUUUCAUGUAUUUGGGAAAUGAAUCACAGCGCUGAUAUCUUAAAAACAAGGUUUACCAAAAGUGUCAUUAAUUCAAAGGCUUCUCUUACAUAUGCAGAAGCUCAGAUGAGAAUUGACUCAGCAACCAUGAACGAUGAUAUAACCACAAGUCUACGUGGGUUAAAUAAACUAGCUAAAAUUCUGAAAAAGCGAAGAAUCGAAAAAGGGGCUUUAACUCUCUCUUCUCCGGAAGUUCGAUUCCACAUGGACAGUGAGACUCAUGAUCCUAUAGAUCUGCAGACCAAGGAACUUAGAGAAACAAAUUCUAUGGUGGAAGAAUUUAUGUUACUUGCCAAUAUCUCUGUUGCCAAAAAAAUCCAUGAAGAAUUUUCUGAACAUGCUUUGCUUCGAAAACAUCCUGCUCCUCCUCCAUCAAAUUAUGAAAUUCUUGUUAAAGCAGCAAAGUCCAAGAAUCUGGAAAUCAGAACCGACACAGCAAAGUCUUUGGCUGACUCUUUGGACCAGGCCGAAUCUCCCAUUUUCCCUUAUCUAAACACUCUAAUUGUGGUAUUAAUUCCAAAAUAUGGGCUAGAAGGUACAGUGUUUUUUGAAGAAAAGGACAAACCAAAGCCACGACUUAUUUAUGAUGAUGAGAUACCUUCACUUAAAAUAGAAGAUACGGUGUUCCAUAUAUUUGAUAAAGUUAAAGUGAAAAUCAUGUUAGACUCAUCUAAUCUUCAGCAUCAGAAAAUCCGAAUGUCCCUGGUAGAGCCACAGAUACCAGGAAUAAGCACUGAUAUUUCAGACAUGGACAUGAAUGAACCAGAGAGAAAGAAGAAAAAACUCGAAAGAUAG